GUGUUUCCUUCACAGAACUUCCACUGUUUUCCGCCAGGGGCGUGACCGUCGACGAUAGCUGAGAGCACUAAACUAAAUUGGCGAAAUUUGCACCUCGUUUAUUUGCAAUUUUCCCACGCGUCCGUGACCGCUGAGGACCUAAUUAGUAGAUAUCCUGAGAGAAUAAUUAUUGAAUAUAUUUGACUUGACUUAAAUCUAAAAUGGCAAUCAACACUAUCCUGAUGGAUUUUAAAGUUAGCGAACCAACAAAACUGGAUUCUGGAUCAAACAUCCAAACUGAUGUGCAUCAAGUAUUGGAGAAAUUCAUCCCAGGCUUGAACAUGCACAUGAUGCAGGAUUGCGGGGCCGACGGGCUCUUGAUUUUGUGGUCAGGCCCCAAAAGCUGCCUCGUCACUCUGAGGGCCUUCCGAGGGCCAGGCCUGGUUUCCAUCAGCAUUGAGUACUACAGAGGGGAUGAAGAUGAGGCUCUAUUGACUUUCGACCAAUGCCGGGCCUUAGAGUGUCAGAUUAAGGACACCUUGGGCGCCUGCAAAGGCAAAAUUCUGCCUGCCCUGCGCAGAGGUGCUACUUUGGAUGUGUACAUGACAACUUCAGACGAAAGAGUGCUGGAGUACGACUUUGACGAGCUCCUGUUCGAGGAGCAAACUCCGUUCCAAAAAGUGCAAAUUUUCCACUCGCCGACUUUUGGCAAUAUGCUUGUUUUGGAUGACCUUCAGAAUCUUGCUGACAGUGAUCUCGUUUACACUGAAACCCUCAUGCAAAGAGGGAAAGAAAACUUCGAGGGCAAAGAAGUGCUGAUCUUGGGUGGCGGUGAUGGUGCCCUGCUGUGGGAGCUUCUCAAGGAAAAGCCCAAAUUUGUUACCAUGCUUGAAAUUGAUGAUGUUGUGAUGCAGUCGUGCAAGAAGUACUUGCGCAAGUGCUGCGGAACCUGCCUCGACACCUACGAUGCAGAAAAUUAUAAGAUAAUUGUUGGUGACUGCAUCAAGUGGCUGGACCAGUACAUUUCUGAUGGAAAGACGUUCGACUACGUCUUUGGUGAUCUCACUGAUAUUCCUCUUUCAACCACCCCUCAGGGUGAAAUCUGGGAUUUUAUCAGACUCAUUCUCAACAAGGCACUCAAAGUGCUGAAGCCGAGUGGAAAAUUCAUGACCCAUGGAAACGGAAUCUCGUGUCCGACUGCCCUUGCCAUGUACGAAGAGCAGCUGAAGAAACUGGAAACUCCAGUGGACUUCAGUCGUGACCACGCCUUCGUGCCCAGUUUCAUGGAGGAUUGGGUGUUCUACCAGGUGUGGCGCAAGCAGUAGCACCUCCUGAACCUUUUGGCUCUUCCUACCAGUUUGCAGUUUCAACGCACCAAUUGUAGCUGUACGCACGAUAGGAGCAUAAUUACAGACAUCGGAGUUUCAUGACGGCUAGUCUUUGGCUGCUCGUCCGGCAGUCUAGGGAACUUGUUGUCAACUUUCCACAACUGUAGAUGACACCUCCUGUUUUACACUGUUCAUUUUGUCUCUGUGUGUAAUCAAAAUCGGUCUAGACUCAAGGCAGCAUGCUCAAAAAUUAACUAGUAAUUUUACCCGACUAAGUGAUAAUGAUAAUCUACGAACCUUAUAUUUAUAAUUGGAGACGUGGUUUUCACAUAACCAUUUUACCUGAAGUUUUUAGAGGGUGUGAAUCUUUGUCCCUGAAAACUAGCUGAGCACUUAUAUUAUUAGGAAACGUUUCUAAAGCUUAAAUCAACUAUUGAGAUUAACUCAGAAUCCACGUUACGAACCUAUUAUUGCCAUUAUAUAGCACAACAAUCUUCCUAUAGUUAGAGUAAGGUUUUAACAAGUUAAAGAGUUUUUGAAUAAUUAUUCCUAAAGGUAGGAAGAGCCCCUAGCCGGAAAGUUAAUGUUACAAAAUAUUUGCAACAAACUGAAAAUCUCCACUUUGUUAGUCAUUGAUAUUGUUCCACGUUUGUGCCAUUUUAUUUGAAGCGAUUCAAUGUUGGGUUUCCUAUAUGUUGUCAAAAAUCCCACAACUUGGGUUGUUUAUUUGCUGGUGCUUUCGUACAAGCUCAAAGCUUGGCCAUCACUAUGAAAUUACUGCCAUUGAAUGGCCAGUAUAAUGAAUGAACGCAUAUAUUAAAAGUAAUUCAUUCCAUUAUCUCAUUUUGCCAGUUUGCAGUAUUUACGAGUCUAAGUGUAUUGUGAAUGUUCCACAGCUAAAAUACUGUCUUUAAUUGAAAUUACACACCAAAAUACUACAUUGCAUGUGUUAUAAAUACGUGAUUAAAAAAAAUAUGAUCCAGAUUUUUGUAGUGUCUUU